CGGCGUAGUUUUGUAGUUUGCUUGCACGCAGUUAAGCUCCAAUUGCCCCUGAGGCACGCGUUCAAGUCUCACGACUUGGCCUUCGAGUUGUGCGAUGCGGAUGGCAAGUUUUUCAUCAAGGUGGGUGACGGGAAGUUGCCAAGCAACAAGCGCAUCUUCCCUGGCACGAUUGUUUUGACCACUGCGGCUGGCAAGUUCAAGACCACAGAUUCAUCAGGGUGCAGUAUCGUCUACAACAUCCAGGACACCCAAAAAACGAAGGUGUUCUUUGACGAGAAGGUGAGGACCUUGAAGGAGGUCAUGGACGCCAACAAGGUGACGGAAGUGUGGAGCCGCGGCACCGCAAUGCACUUCGUCCCGGACCCGGCACUGCAGAAGGUCGUGCAAAACGCCGAGUUCUACAUCAAGAGCAACUUAGGCAAGAAGCUCUCGUGGGUCUGGCACAUGAAGCUUGCGGGCAGCGCCCUGAAGCCGAUCAGAGCGUGCUUGAUGCUCGAGAAACAGGUGAUUGUACAGGCAAGCACCGGUCAAGGCUACCUCUAA